CGCACACGUGACCGGAUGCGCCGGGAGGGCAGUUCUCGCGCGACGCUGCUCCGCCGGGGCCGGCUGUCAGCCCACGGCGGGCGAGGGAGGGAGGAGUGCCGCCCCGCCCGCGCGCUGCCGCCGCCGGCGGCGAUGAGCGCCCAGGGGCCCGCGUGCGCCGUGGAGGCGGCGGCGGCGCCGCCACCCGUGCGGUCCCCGCUCCGCCACGUGCAGCUGGAGAACCUGGCGGCGGGGCUGAGCGGCGGCGUCGUCUCCACCCUGGUGCUCCACCCGCUGGACCUGGUCAAGAUCCGCUUCGCAGUAAGUGAUGGAUUGGAGCUGAGGCCAAAAUACAAUGGGAUUCUCCACUGUAUGACCACUGUCUGGAAGCAUGAAGGACUACGAGGCUUAUAUCAAGGGGUAACUCCAAACAUGUUGGGAGCGGGGGCUUCCUGGGGACUUUACUUUUUCUUUUACAAUGCCAUCAAAGCUUACAAGAAGGAAGGGAAGCUGGAAAGUCUCAGUGCAACCGAACACCUAGUGUCAGCUGCAGAGGCUGGAGCCAUGACACUCUCUAUUACAAACCCAGUAUGGGUAACGAAGACGCGACUUGUGCUACAAUAUAACGCUGGUGUUGAUCCAUCAAAGCGGCAAUACAGAGGAAUGUUUGACGCUCUUAUAAAGAUAUACAAGACAGAGGGUAUACGUGGCUUAUAUAAGGGAUUUGUGCCUGGUCUGUUUGGAACUUCACAUGGAGCACUUCAGUUCAUGGCAUAUGAGGAACUGAAACUGAGAUACAACAAGUAUAGAAACAGAGCAUCAGAUACAAAAUUGAACACUGUGGAAUACAUAACAAUGGCAGCUGUAUCCAAAAUAUUCGCUGUGUCAGCAACAUAUCCCUAUCAAGUUGUGCGAGCUCGUCUUCAAGAUCAGCAUAAUACGUAUUCUGGUGUGUUUGAUGUGAUCCGCAGGACAUGGAGGAAAGAAGGAAUUCAUGGAUUUUACAAAGGAAUUAUCCCCAACGUGAUCAGAGUGACUCCUGCCUGCUGUAUUACCUUUGUCGUUUAUGAGAAUGUGUCUGGUUUUUUACUUGGUUUUAGAAAAGAAAAUAAUUAAAUGUAUGAGCUUGUGUUCAUAAGGAAUCUAUCCUUUAUUUUUUAUAUUUAUGAUCUGGGAGAGAUUUAGUUCAGCAGUCUUCUCUGACACUGUGAAUUGAUCUAGUAUUUUGAGGAAAGAACCUGGAGAUAGUAAAACCCUGACAACAUCUCUUCUGCUGAGUGUUCCUAACAUUGCUGCCUCCUCUCUGAAUCAGCUGCGUCUGCUUGAAACAGAUGUCUCUGCAACUGUGAAAUAAUAGCACUGUGACUGGGUGAAGGCAGCUGUGCAGCAAUUCAGUUCAUCCUGGCCUGCCUGGAAUAACGGACUAAUCUGUUUUGACAAGUCUCAAGGUAACAGUUGGUCAGAUUCUAUUCCUACAGAAGUGGAAAACUUCAUAUAAAAGCAACUCUGGGGUCUGUCAAAACUUUCUUAAAUCUUUAUCUGAGUCUCAUGAAGAAAGUAUGUAUGUAGUUGUUUACAGCAAUGUCUUCUGAAUCCACCUCUGUGUUAUUUGUCAGAUUUUAGCAUAUGGAAUGCUCCAAAUUCCAUUGCUCAUCCAACACAAAAAUGCUGCCUCAGUGGGGUGCAGUUUGGAAACUCAAAUUGUUUUGUAAAACAGCUGUCCGUUCUUGGGUUUGAAUAAUUGCCAAUCUGAUGAAACCUAGUUCUUGUCUCAUACCAGGACAGACAUUGUGGUUUUGGCUUGCUCUUAGCACCAGACCAAAGUGUAUGUUGUGUGCAUCGCUGGCCACUUACUUAAUGCUUUUUCUCUCUGUUCCCUGCCCGCUCGCGCCUUCUCUGAGCGAGAUUUUGUCUCUGUACUGAUACAUCUGACCAAAUAUUACUAAGUAAAUGGAUUUUUGACAGUAGGCUUACAUUUUAAAAAUGGGGGGGGACGGUUCUAGUAAUCCCAUAAUGAUGCAGUUUUCAAAGCACUGUAAGAACAAAUAUGACCAUGCUUAUUUUCAAUAAUAUUCUCUGGCGAAAAAGAAACCAACCCAUAAGUAGUCUAAAAAGUAUUGUGCACAGGACUUCCUUUAAAAAAAACAGAAUGAUCCAUUAAUGUCUUCUGAUUUGGUCUAAGGACAGGACUGUAAGAAUAUAUUGAUUGCUAACUUAGUGAUAAACUAAAUUACAAUAAAUCUCAGUAAAUUUGUA